AUGUGUGUACAAGAAAGUUUCGCUUCGUAUCGGAGUGGGCCAGCGGGGACUGACAACGGCGACGCCAUGUUUACAAACAAUGGGAUCAACGCACCCCAAGUAGUGAGAAUUGCCCCCCGACCGCGAAAGCCGUUGCCAAGUGGCGACGAGAGAAAGAGUGUAAAAGAGAGAUGUAAGCAUUUCACCGCGCGGGGUCAACGCGCUCGUACUGUCGCUGAUUGUGCCCUAAUUGCAAUAUGUGGGUCUAGGCCGGCGUUCGUCGACCCGCGCGACACACUUCGCGGCCGCGGUGCUUUCACGCCCAGCGCGCGGGGAAAACGGUGGGGGGCAGAGAUCGCAGAAAGCGAUGGAAAAUUAAUACACGGCGCGGAUGGGAUCACGUUUCGACGAAAGUUUUCCGCCACGAUACGAAUGUCGUCGGCUCCGAACAAUAGAGAGAGGAGGUGGAGGAUGGCGGGCUAUAUCAACGGCUCGUGCAUCAUUUUAGUAAAUUUUAGACUCUAA